CAUUUCUAUCGCAAAAAUUUAUCAGAUUUUUGGAGUGAAUUAAUUACAUUGUUGGAAUAAAAAAUCAAAUAAAGAUGAAUUCGAAGGAUAGAGAGAUUUCGAAGUCGAAAUUCAAGUUCUUCAUGAAGAAUCCCAAAGGCAUUGCUGGUGGUACUUGCGAACGUUCCCUGCGUCCCGAGGUAGAACGAGAAUUAAGACCUGAACAGACAACUGCUCAGCGAUGCAAAACGUUGUCGGAACUGCAGCUGCAGAAUAUGAAAUUAGAAGAGGCUUCCAUUAGGGAAUUAUGGAAUCUUACCAAGGACUUAAUAAUACCAAAUAAACCAGCAGAAUGUCGCCAAACAGCGUUAACUUUCUAUAAAAGACUUAUUCACAGUCAAUAUAAAAACUUGAAUUUGUUGCGGCAGCAUUUUUUUCUUGUUAUACAAAACCAUGAAGUUGGGGAAGACCUAAAACAUCGGUUAGAUUUGCUAGAUACCUUAACUGAUAAUGGGAAAGAUAUACAAAAUUUCGAAGAAGAGAUUGGCAAAUUUAUGUUACAAUGGAUUCCAGCCAUAACUGAGGCUCAUUUACUUCGUGAGUUCUUGGGCAUUUUGGAGAAUAUCAUUAAGUUCAAUGCUUCACUGUUGGAUAAAGAUAUAGUUGUUGGUAUUAUUCAAAAUGCCUGUAAUCUGAGUUGCACAGUUGAAGAAGAUGACAUUGGUAUUCAGUGUCUGACUAUUCUUGAAAUGGUUAUGUGCUACACGAUAUUUCCAAGCGAACCUCUAAGACAAUGUGUUAUUACAUUAUGUCGUACAGUUAAUUAUUCACCAUAUUGUCAGGCGUCAUGGAAGAUAAUGAAAAACCUAUUAGGCACACAACUGGGAUAUCACUCUAUGAAAAUGAUGUGCAACAUCCUUAACGAUCGCAGUCUUUACGGAGACCAACAACUCUUACGUGGUGCAGUGUUUCAUCUGAACAUGAAUAUUUUUGGUUCAAAUGUAGUUUUUCAAGUGUCUCCAAUGUUUUAUGCAUCUACGGUUCUGACCUGUUUUCUCCACGCAUUGGAAAGUCGACAAGUAAUCGUGACGUUCGAAGUAAUUUUAAGUGUAAGACGAGUUAUUAAUUACUACAAAUCGGAACUAUCAGAGAUAAUAUGGGAUUGUAUUUGUGAUACAAUGAACACAAUUCUUGAUAAUAUUGAAUAUUACGAGCAAGUUAAUAUCAAUCGGGAUCGGCUUCACUACUUGCAAAUAAAUUUUCAUGAAAAUAUUGAUUGCAUUGAACAACUUUUGUAUGAUGACACUACCCCAAUUCUCGCAAACAUUAAUCGGAUCUAUGACUUGAUCGAACGCGUGGCAGAAAAUCGCAGCGAAGCAUCUGUACUCAAACUUAUAGAGUAUCGUUCGACAAAGGUAACCGCUACAAGACCUCAAUGGUUACAAGUGCUCAACGAAUUUAUCUGCCGCUUUUAUAAAAUGCCCAAUACGAACGUGCGUCUAAAAGCAAUCCAAUCCUUGGUUCGUAUUAUGGAAUUAAACCGUUACAGCUAUGAAGAAGAAAUACUUGAACGCGUCGUAAUUCCACACUUUUCACAAAUUUCUAAUGAGACAGAUUUGCAAAUUCGUGUGUCUGUUGCAAAUGCAUUGGUGGAGUUUGCACGACACUGCGAUACCAAACGCUGUGGCGAGCUAUUGGAUAUAUUGGAAAAGCUUGUUAACCGGCCAUUUGAACAGCACACGAGCUCCGCCGACUGUAUUAUUAAGUGUGAAUCGGAUAUAUUAGAUGUCGUUACGGCAGUACAUGGGCUAAUUGAAAUAUUUGCUGUUAAAUUACAUCGCUUGCCUUCAACGCAUGCCAUUAAAAUUUUUAACAUACUGAUAAGUCAUUUAGAGCAACAUUAUGAACGUCCGAAAGUAUUCGAAAAUGGUCGCAUUGUUCGUUUUAAGAUUUUCAAGUGGCUCCUGCGCGCACGUGCAAAUGCUUCUUAUCACAUAGGCUAUCCAGAUCCUGAAAAUGGAGACGCCAUAAAGUUUAGCGCAUACUUGGGUAUCGAUUCCAGUUUACCGCCACAAGGAAACCAACAUCCACGGCACCAAUUACCAUCACACGAUUUAAUAGCGGGCUCUCAUUUUACAACCAUUUCUAUACGCAGGGCUUGCAAAACUAUUAUCAAAUGCCUAGACUUAGAGCGUGAUUAUGAAAUUUUACAACUAGUUAUCAAAGAGCUACCAAAAGUGCUAUGUAACAAAGCUCUUAUCCAAGGAAAUGACAUUGAAGCAUUAGCUGUUUCGUUAUUUCGCAUUUUUCAAGACGUUAACAAAGCUCUACAUCUUACUUAUGCACCAACUAGUGAGGAGGUGAAUGCAUUAUUCCUGCCUGCAAUCGCUUCAUUGGUGAUUUAUCACCAUUGUAUAUCAUCACACCAAAUUAAUACAUUAAUAUUAGCGCUUUGCUCCGGCAUAUUCUCGGGCACAGCUAAUGUCUGCAUAAAUACGUUAACAACGAUGAUUCUUGAAAUGCCCGAUACAUUGACGCGCACAUUGGCUGAUAUAUUGCUUCAAAUGAGCAAAAUGUCGGAUACUGCUAUGGUUGCAAUACCUGUGCUGGAGUUUCUAUCAAUUUUGAGCCGAAUGCCCAAUCAAUAUUUUACAAACUUCAUACCACGCCAAUACAUGUAUGUAUUUGCCAUAUCUUUGCCAUACACCAAACCGAAUAGAUAUGACCACUAUACGGUGUCGCUGGCACACCAUGUCAUUGCUGGCUGGUUUCUAAAAUGCAAACUGGAUAUGCGCAAGAAUUUUGUCACCUACAUAAUAUCGUCGAUUCAAUCAAACGCCAGUAUGUUAUACGAUGACAUUGACAAGUUUAAGCACAGCAUACAGCGCCAGGAUCUAAAUAGUUUGAAUGAAGAUUCAUCAAAUCGCAAGCGCAGCACAAGCUUGACAGAACGCGGUAGUCGUAAUACAAAUGUACGAAACGGUUCUGAUAUGCGACCGCCAAUCAACGACAAUUUAAAGAGUUUUCAUGCAGAAUUAGCGGAGACUUGUAUAGAUUUCUUGGCCCGUCAUACUUUUUCGCCGUGUUCGGCUUUACCUAAGCGUUUGCCUGCAGUGGAAUAUUUAUUAAAAGACGGUUUGUCGCAGACAUGGGUAGUUGGACAUAACUUGGUAACAAUUACAACUUCUGGCUGCCCUACUGGACCUAUACGAAACGGCCUAUGCGAUCGUUGUUCUCAUAUAGGAAAACAGGCAAUCAGUAGCAGUAGCUUGGUAGCGAGUAAAAGUGAUUCGAGUAGUACAGCACCAUUAUCGCCGGAAACUAACAAUACACAGUCUUCAGUCACUCCAUUGGCCGCAGAACGUCGCUAUACCAAAGCCAGUCUACAGUACAGUAGUGGAAAUGAGUCCGCAGGUAGCACUGAUCUCACUUCCUCUUCGUCCUCUGCUUCGGGCGCGAUUAGUUCAAACAUUGCCAUAACUCAGCGACAAAUAUCAAACAGUUCUACCGCUUCGUUAGAGGCGCUUUCACGUCGUGGUUCAAAUCCAGAACCCUCAGAGGGAGUUGCGGGCGCUGUUGGCAGUACUACUUCACUACAGGGUGGUCAUUCACUUUCAACAACGAGUAUAAGUGCUUCUCCGACACAAUUACAGUCAGUGCAGCAGCAACUUUGUGUACGUUCAUGUAGUGGAUGGGCAGAAAUAUUGAUACGUCGACCCACAGGCAACAUUUCUUGGAUAACACGCAUACAGAAUCCAAUAGCAAACGAUUGCUUUGGACAUGAUGUGCCAUUUAGUAACAUAGUUUCACUCUUUUUACCAACAUCUCAUGGCGGUGUGUUUGGGCCCGACUUCGCACACUCUACCUUAAUGCCAGAACUGCAACCAGAAAACGGAAAAUCCGUUGUUGGUGGUAUUUCUAACGCUUUUUCAUCCAAUACAAGUGCAGAUAACGAUGGAUCAGUACAGCCUGUGGGAAGUGCUCCAAUAAUUGCAGAUGAACAAAAAACGGCGGGCACCAACACAAAGGUUCGAGCUCUGCAACGUCAAGAGGAGAUUUCAUCGUCAACAGCUGUGCCCUCUUUGGGUUCUUCUCUGAGUACCGCUGCUAUCGACAUACCCAAACCAUUAACAAGUAAACGUAUUGGCGGAAAGGAGGCCUUAGCCGAUAGCGUAAGCGAUGGAGAAGCAGAUGAUAAUACGAGGCAAUUCGCAGAUGAAUUAUCGCGUGCGCGCAAUCCUGUGCGGCGUGUAAAUUCAAGCCCCGAGAUGAGUUCUAGUUGGAGACAGACAUUUCUGGCAGCAAAACCAGUGCCUCUGUCUGCGGAAUCAGCCAAAAUAAAAGGUAGUAAAUAUUCUGCGAGCUUUCAAGGUCUUGAGGAGGCUCAUAGUCAGCAACUGCAACAACAAAAGAAAAAGAGYGUACAAUAUACAAAAGAUAUGAGAGUCAGCUGUGAAGCGAUCCCAGAAGAAAUUGCCGGCUCCACGCCACCACAGGUGCAAUCUGCCGAUACUCUAGGAGUUGCAACAUCGGGAGUGCCAGGAAAUGAACUUCUUUCAUCCUUUUCGGCUGGUUCCGUAGCAACAACGGCAAAAAAUCUAUUGACAAAUAAUGCAGCGAUUAUUGCAUUGCCACCCAAACAACAUUCAGCUGAUGAUGUUAGCAUUAGCGCCAGCAUGCCAGCUAACGCGGUGCAACAAUCGACAUCUAGUUCGUCGCUGAAACUGAAUGUGGAUAUAGAAAAGGUAGUGACGAAGCCGCCACAUUCUCCAGCAGCAGUACCGUCACCGCAAUCACCACGAUUGGACAAACAGCCUCCCAACAGUGGUCAUAAGACCACUACUUUUACUACUAACGCACCAACAAACCACCAGGGACUUGCUAAAUCAAGUAGCAGCGGUGGAGGCAAUGCAAACCUCACAAGUGCUUCAUCAUACCUGGGAGGAGGCCCCUGUGAUUAUGGAAAUAAUAGUAAUGGUGACAUGAUGAGAGRGCGCUCGAAAACCAUUUCCGUAGUCCGUGAGGUAAACGGCCGUUCUCGUCCGACUACGUCGAACUUCCGAAGCUUUAACAAUACAUCUAAACCAUCAGUCAACGCGAAACUCUGUAUGAAUCCGAGUUUUUUGUUCAUGCAACUUUACCAUACUGGCCAAUUGCAAGUGACAGAUGUACCCAUCAAAGUUCCACAAGAAGAAACUAAUGUACUAACUGUAUUUGACUUAGCACCACCUUUUGAGACACACAAGAUAGGUGUGCUCUACGUUGGACAAGGCCAAUGUAACAAUGUAGUCGAAAUUCUACGUAAUUCGCAUGGUAGUAUGAGGUACGUAGAGUUCUUAAGUAAUAUCGGCACACUUGUUAGCCUAAAGGAGGCAGAACGGAACAACUUGUUUGUUAACUUAGACAGAGGUGGCGCAGAUGGAAAGUUCACAUACGUUUGGAAAGACGACAUUGUGCAGGUAACGUUCCAUGUCGCCACUUUGAUGCCGACUAACUUGCAGAAAGAUCCAAAUUGCAACGAAAAGAAAAAACACAUCGGUAACGAUUUCGUUAAAAUCGUUUAUAAUGAGAGUGGCGAAGAGUAUAAUCUAAAUACAAUAUCGGGCCACUUUAACUAUGCUUGCGUUAUUGUAGAACCUUUAGAAUUGAAUAGUAACCGCGUUUAUGUAAAAGCGCGGCCGGAAAUAUCGAAAUUCGUGUGCCAUCCCGAACCAAAAAUUGUUUCAGAUCACAGUGCACCAUUAUUGGCUCGACAGCUCGCAUUGCACGCGAACCUCGCUUCACAAGUAUACCAGAGCCUGCAGAAGAAAAAUCCAUAUGCUUCCAAUUGGCUAGAACGCUUGCGAAUAAUUAAAAGGCUGCGAACAAAGUUAAUUGAGCAACAAAAUGAUCAACAUCAAACCGGAACUUCUUCAGGUGCUGAAGCUGAAGAGCAUACGAGCGACCAUUUAAAGAAACACAACACUAAUCGUGAUUUUACUAAAUACGCUUAAAUUAUUGAAGUCGAACUGAAUAAAUAUACUCUUGUUAUAAUCACAUAGAACCUGUUAGUGAACUUGAAAAUUUAAUCUUCUAUUAGAAAUUACGUUACGUUAAAUAUUAUAUACAUAAAGAAAUCGCAAACGAUGUAAAAUACACAUAACAUAUCGCAUCAGUAUACGUUAAAGGAAAAUGCAAGCAAAAUGCAUCAUAGCGAACAAUAACCUAUAGAUUAAUAUUUUCUGRCGAUCACACUGAUCCAGUACCUUUAUAUAAAUAUUAAAUUAUUCUAUUCAGAUUUUCMAUUCGGUUCUGUCAGUCUAUUAGAUUAAGGCGAAAAUAUCUGCGUUUGCUAAUGAUGCGUCGAUAUCUCUUUCCAUUCAUUAGAAAUUUGUGAGAGAACUGCAAUGAUCGCCAUACAUACUUACGACACAAUUUUUGCGCUUCUAGUAUCAAAAUUAUUAUUUUCUCAGCUUUAACGUGUUUGUUUUCGAUAGAAACUUUCCCAUUAUUUAUUUAUUUAUUUUUUUCUUAAUACAACGUCAGA